UAUGUCUCUUGUACCCCCUAAGUUUUUUUCGCAACAAAAAAAAGUUUCUCCUGAUAUAUACAUCUUUCUCGUUUCUCACCUCACUCUGAAGCCUCUCUCUAUCCUAGUCUUUCCUUCACUCUCCUCCUCUCUCCAACAGCAUGGCAGUCAGAUCGUCAUCACAGCUUUUUAGAUCGAUGACAAUAGCUUAAUCCAUGACUUGCAAUGGGAUGGCUUUCUUCCCAGCCAAUUUCAUGCUACAAACUCCUCAUCAUGAAGACGACCGCCGCCCUCCUACCUCCCUGAAUCCAAUCCUCCAACAGUGCACGCCUCAAAACUUCCAUGGUGUUGCAUCGUUUCUGGGUAAGAGAUCCAUGUCAUUCUCAGGUAUUGAUGUGUGUGAAGAUACGAAUGGGGAUGAGGAGUUGUCUGAUGAUGGAUCACAGAUGGGAGAGAAGAAGAGGAGGCUUAAUAUGGAGCAAGUGAAGACACUUGAGAAGAACUUUGAAUUAGGUAACAAGCUUGAGCCGGAGAGGAAAAUGCAGCUCGCUAGGGCUCUUGGUCUUCAACCAAGACAGAUCGCCAUAUGGUUUCAAAACAGGAGGGCAAGGUGGAAGACCAAACAACUGGAGAAAGACUACGAGCUCCUAAAAAGACAGUUUGAGGCAGUUAAAUCGGACAAUGAUGCUCUCCAAGCUCAGAACAAGAAACUUCACGCAGAGAUAUUGGCUCUGAAAAGUAGAGAACCGACUGAAUCCAUCAACCUCAAUAAAGAAACGGAGGGUUCUUGCAGCAACAGAAGUGAGAAUAGUUCCGAUAUCAACUUAGACAUCUCGAGAACGCCAGCAAUCGACAGCCCUCUUUCUUCCCACCACCCGAGUAGACCCCUCUUCCCAUCAUCCAUCGUCAGGCCUGCAAGUGUGGCCCAACUCCUCCAGAAUUCAUCAAGAUCAGACCUCCACUGCCCAAAAAUGGAACAAACUGUUCAAGAAGAAAGUUUCUGCAACAUGUUCUGUGGCAUCGAUGAACAGCCCGGAUUUUGGCCGUGGCCUGAGCAACACCAUUUCCAUUGAAUGAAGUCAACACAUGUUCGAUUGGUAAUCCAUCGAGUUUAGAGAGAGAGACCGUAUAUGCUAUUCGGUUAAGCUUGAACUCAUUUCAUCGUAAUCUUUAGAUUGGUGUAUAGAAUAGUAAAUAUCCACUUAAAUCUCAGUUGAGUUGAACUGCAAAUCAGUUUGGAUGGAAUAAAGCUCUGCUUAUUUGGAUUAUAUA